UCCACACACAAAAAAAGAGCUCACGUCGAGAAGGGAACAAAAAUACAUACAUAAAUAAAUAAAUAAGACACAAAGAGAAAGAAGAUGGAGAAACAAUUAUAUGAAACCGUGGAGGUUGCUCACGUCGAGCGAGCCGUCGGAAAACAAGACUCGUCGCCGGAAAAGGAGAAGGAGAAAUCCCAUAAGCAUAGAGCAAUAUUUCACCUUCACCAUCACUCAAAAGAUGAGAAAGAAGAAGAGAAGAAAAAAGAAGGAUCAAAGAGAGAGAAGAUAGCUGCAGCAAUGGUUGGUCUCGGAGCCACGCUCAAGAAGAUUAAGCAUCCGCGACACCAUGGAGGCGGUGGAAAAGAGAACGAACAAGAAGGAGGAGGAGAAGAAGAUGAGUCGUCGGAGGAGGAGGAAGAAGAAGAAGGAGAUGGAGAUGAUGGUGGGGAUGAAGAAGAGGGAGGCAAGUUUAGUGCUUUCGUUACAAUGAUCGCCGAAGCACUUCAAGAAUGAAAAAAUGAUUUGUGAUCACUUUGUUGAAUUCUGUCUAUUCAAUCUUGCUAUCAAAAUUAGCAUGUAAUAUUUCUCUUCUAUGCAAACUUUG